GUGUAGGAUCCAAGUUAUUCCACAACUGGAGUAGUAGUAUGCUGAAAAAAAUCUAACUGGACCUACCCCCCCCAUCCUAUCCUUUCUCCUUUUAUUUUACACUCUGCAGUCAGCAUAAUCUCUUAAAAUUGCGAAUUUGAUCCUGUUACCUGCUGCUUAAAACCAUUUAAAGUUUAAGAAGAGGGUUUCCAGUAGCUUUUUCUAACUCUGGAAGCAGCAGUGGAGGAAGUAAAUUGGGGGGAAGCUGUCCGGGUGGGCAUGUUGGAAGAACGCGUGCUUAGGACAUCUAUUGAAAGUUUUAUGGAAGUAAUUUGACUAGCUGUGCUGGAUGCUGGAAAGUCAGUGGUGAACAAGAUUGAGUUCCUGGUCUCAGAAAUAAUCGGAGAAUUACAAGGUUAUUCACUGUAACGAAGAAGGUUGGGAAAGAGCUAUGGGAACUUGUGAAAGGGGUUAAUACUAAGCUACUAAGGCGUAUCUGGGAAGGUCUCUUUGAGGAACUGUCACUUGAGCUGUGGAGGAUUAUUAGGAGAAGAAAGUUUAGGCAGAGAGAACAGCAUGUGCAAAGGCCGAAAGUGGGGAAGGCGUGUGUGGCACGUGGAAUUGAGAUGACGCUGACAAGGGUAGACAGAGAAUGCAUUCAUUUAAAUUUUGUUUCUGCAACUGUGCUUGGUACACAGUAGUUCUUCAGUGAUUGUAUGAUUAGAAUAUAUAUGAUUUAAAAACAAAAGCAACUUGUCUUUGGGGGUCUGUGCUGGGUAGGGAGGUAUGUAAGACUGCGAGGUGACUGAACCUCAGGCUAAAGAUGGAAAAAAGGCUUCCCCUAAGAGGUCACGCACUUAAAACUUUCUAGAGGCUAGCCAAGUGACAGCUGCUUUUCAGCUGCAAGUUAUCGUUUCCAUGUGGGAACAUGGUCUCACUUUUCCUCAGAUAGUUCCAAUUUUCAAGAGGAGCUGAAAAUUGAGAUUUAUGUGAGAUCCCACUAUUUUAAAAUGUUGACGACUGAUUCAGAAAAUUUUCAACAGUCUUUGGGUCAGACAGUAUAGCAGAGGCUGCCAGUUAGAGACCUCUGACCUAAGUAAUUUAAGGAAUCCAGAGAUUGAGUAGGAGGUUUAGCAUAUGUGGGGAAGUACAAGUGAUGGAAGAGAGAAGGUAUUGGUCAGGGAGGAUUUUACAAUGUAGAGAUUUUGAACAAGAUGACUUCUUUCCUGAGCUUCAAUUUCAUUUGUGCAGCUACCUACUGGAUGGACAUCUUCACAGGACUAUUCCAUGGUAUUUCCUCAAAACCAGCUGAAACAGAAUCUCUGGGAAUGGGGCCCAGUACAUUUAAAGUUCAAGUUUGCUGCUAAAGAUGGCAGACCCAGAUGUCCUCACCGAGGUCCCAGCAGCAUUGAAGAGGUUGGCCAAGUAUGUCAUCCGGGGAUUUUAUGGCAUUGAACAUGCUUUGGCCUUGGACAUCUUGAUCCGGAACCCUUGCGUGAAAGAGGAGGAUAUGCUGGAGCUGCUCAAGUUUGAUCGGAAACAACUUCGAUCAGUUUUGAAUAAUUUAAAGGGAGACAAGUUCAUCAAGUGCAGAAUGAGGGUAGAAACUGCUGCAGAUGGGAAAACCACUCGCCAUAACUAUUAUUUUAUCAAUUAUCGAACUCUUGUUAAUGUGGUAAAAUACAAACUGGACCACAUGAGAAGGAGGAUUGAAACUGAUGAGAGAGAUUCCACCAACCGGGCUUCCUUCAAAUGUCCUGUCUGUAGUAGUACUUUUACAGACUUAGAAGCUAAUCAGCUCUUUGACCCCAUGACAGGAACUUUCCGCUGUACUUUUUGCAGUACAGAGGUAGAAGAAGAUGAAUCAGCAAUGCCCAAAAAAGAUGCACGCACACUUUUGGCAAGGUUUAAUGAACAAAUUGAGCCCAUUUAUGCUUUGCUUCGGGAGACGGAGGAUGUGAACUUGGCCUAUGAAAUACUUGAGCCAGAACCCACAGAAAUACCAGCCCUGAAACAAAGCAAGGACCGUGCAGCAACUACUGCUGGAACUGCUGGGCUGGCAGGGGGCCACCACCGGGAAGCAUGGGCCAGCAAAGGUCCCUCUUAUGAGGACUUAUAUACUCAGAAUGUUGUCAUUAAUAUGGACGACCAAGAAGAUCUUCAUCGAGCCUCUCUGGAGGGGAAAUCUGCCAAAGAGAGACCUAUUUGGUUGAGAGAGAGCACUGUCCAAGGAGCAUAUAGUUCUGAAGAGAUGAAGGAAGGUGGUAUAGAUAUAGAUGCGUUCCAAGACCGUGAGGAAGGCCGCACAGGGCCGGAUGAUAAUGAGGAGGUUAUGCGAGCCCUGCUCAUUCACGAGAAGAAGACCCCCUCUGCCAUGGCAGGCUCAGUGGGGGCGGCGGCGCCUGUGACCACUGACUCCGAGAGUGAGACCAGUGAAUCAGACGAUGACUCCCCGCCCCGUCCAGCAGCUGUGGCUCUGCAUCAUCGGGAAGAGGACGAGGAGGAUGACGAGUUUGAGGAAGUAGCAGAUGACCCCAUUGUUAUGGUGGCUGGUCGUCCGUUCUCCUACAGUGAAGUGAGCCAGCGACCAGAGCUGGUGGCACAGAUGACACCAGAGGAGAAGGAAGCUUACAUAGCAAUGGGACAACGCAUGUUUGAGGACCUCUUUGAGUGAGCUUUCCCUACUGUUUCCUCCUUUCUCUAAUGCUCAUUCCCAAAAGAAAUUUCCUAUCUUUGAAGAAAAGUAUUUAAGUGGCUUUCUGCCCCUCUUUGACGUAAAGUGACUGUUAAUCUUGUGCAAAAAAUAAUGGGAGAGAAAGUUUGAUUUUUAUUCCAGAAACUUCCCAGCAAGGUAGGUUGGCUGCAAGCCUUCCCUUUCUUGCUAUUACUACAGUAUUAAUAUUUUCUUAUCUAAUCUUUUUCCUUUCCUUCUUAUGGCAUUUUUUUCCCCUUCUGAAAUAAGCGAGGGACGUCUGUAAGGUAAAUUCUUCGCGUCUGCCUGCAGAAGCCCAAUGUGAUAGGUUACAGUAAUUCACCGAUCACAUUAUUUUAUCUAUUCUGACCAAGCAUUCCAAACAAUUCCUCAUAUUGCUGCCAACCAAAGCAGUUUGCCAACAGCAAAUGAUUGAUGAGGGAAAAAAACAAUCUUAAAACUUCAUAUUGCCUCGCAAUUGAGAAUGGAGUCAGUGAGUCAGGGGAGCUGGCAGUGUGUGCGGAAAUGGCGUGGCUAUGCCUACAUCUCCGGCUUAACAUCUAACCAAAACUUGUGUCUUUAGAACUGAUCUAACAGGUAGAUCCUAUUGUCUUGCUUGCUGCCUUUUGGUUUGUGUGUUGGAUGAUGGAAACAGAAAGGGUCCUUGGUAAACCCUUAUGAAGAAAUUAGAAAAAAACAUGAACAUAGGACAAGAAGUCCAUGUAAAAGGUUGAAGAGUGGUAGGCGUUGGAAACAGUGCCUUUUAGAAUUGCCUGAGUUUGUGUUGAUUUGGAAAUCCUUUAUAGAAAGGUGAGACUGGUCCCCUUCUUUUUCCCCUGCACAGUGCUUUAUGUUGUUGAAUGAGGCCAUUCCAGCAGAAAUCCGCACAUGACAAUUGGUCACUCCUCUUUUUCUCUCAACAUCAUUGAAGGCCUCCUUUGUGUCUCUUUCGAUUGUUGUCAGACAUGGUAUUUUAGAGGAUAUCCAGUAUAUUGUUGAUCAUUGUAACCUCAAGGAACAUAGUUUAUUGUUGGUUCUGAUAUGUAGCAUGGUAUUAUGCCCUAAGGCAGAACUUUAAAAGUAAGGAACUUUCAUACAAGGAUCUAUAACAAUUGUAUUUUUUGUAAUAUUUUCCCUUGCAUUGUAAUGUUUAAGUAUUUAUCAUUUUACAGUACAUGUGUGAAGUUAAGAUAGCUUUUAGAGUAUCUGAGCCUUGUAUGAAGUGAUGUUUCAUUUACUGGGAUUGUAUUAAUGACUGAAUAUUGACAACUCUGUUUUAUACUGACUGAAAAUUGUUAAUUCCCAGCUCUGUAACAUCUUGGAGUAUAAUUAAAAUGAAUACUCUUCCCAUUAAAAAAGUUUCAGACU